AGCCAAGACGAUUCAGGAACUCAGGGAUAUCGCGCACAAGUUGCGUAUAGAUUCGAUCAACGCCACUCAGGCAUCGAAAUCUGGUCAUCCCACAUCAUGUGCGUCGAUCGCGGAAAUCAUGUCGGUACUGUUCUUCCACACGAUGCGGUACAAAAUCUCUGCUCCGCGCGAUCCAUCCUCGGAUCGGUUCAUCCUGUCGAAGGGCCACGCUGCUCCGAUUCUGUAUGCGGCCUGGGCCGAAGCCGGCCUGUUUCCCGUGGAGGACCUGUUGAAUCUGCGCAAGAUUGACUCCGACCUCGAGGGUCACCCGACGCCCAGACUGAACUUUAUCGACGUGGGCACCGGUUCGCUGGGCCAAGGUGUGGCGGUGGGAUGCGGCAUGGCAUAUGUGGGCAAGAACAUUGACCACGCCGACCAUCGGACGUACGUGCUCGUCGGUGAUGGUGAGUCGGCCGAGGGUUCGAUUUGGGAGUCGCUUCACUUUGCCGGCCACUACAAGCUGAACAAUAUGUGCGUGAUCUUCGAUGUGAACAGACUCGGCCAGUCGGAACCGACGUCGCUCCAGCACCAAAUGGAUGUGUACCGGAAGCGCUUGGAUGCGUUCGGUUUCAAUGCAAUCGUCGUCGAUGGACACGACGUCGAGGAGCUGUGCAAGGCCUUCUUCGAAGCGUCCUCCGUCACCGAUCGGCCAACGGCCAUCAUCGCCAAAACGUACAAAGGCAAGCACUUCCCGAACAUUGAAGAUCUGGAGAACUGGCACGGCAAGCCGCUCGGAGAUGCCGCGACCGCCGUUGUCGAGCAUUUGCGCAAGCAGAUCCGCAAUCCGGGACCGAUCGCCGUGACUCCUCCUUCACCGCACAAGGACAGCGCACCGAAGGUGUCGAUCAAGGGUGUCGCACUCGCGACACCACCGGCGUACCAGAAGGGUGAGAAGGUGGCGACACGGUUGGCGUACGGUACCGCUCUAGCCAAGAUCGCUAUGAACAAUGAUCGCGUGAUCGCUCUCGAUGGCGACACGAAGAACUCUACGUACUCGGAUAAGCUACGCAAAGCGUUCCCGGAGCGCUUCAUCGAGUGCUUCAUUGCGGAACAGAACCUGGUCGGCGUUGCGAUCGGAGCUGCUUGCCGCGAUCGUACCGUCGCUUUCGUGUCCACCUUUGCCACGUUCUUUACGCGUGCAUUCGAUCAGAUCCGCAUGGGUGCCAUCUCACAGACGAACGUGAAUUUUGUUGGCUCUCACUGUGGUGUCAGCAUCGGUGAGGACGGUCCGAGUCAGAUGGGCCUGGAGGAUAUCGCUAUGUUCCGUGCCAUACCGGGCAGCACCGUGUUCUAUCCGGCCGAUGCCGUCAGUGCGGAGCGAGCCGUCGAGAUGGCGGCCAAUACGCCAGGCGUGUGCUUCAUUCGUACUUCGCGCCCUAAUACGGACGUUAUUUACGACAAUAACGAAAAGUUUGAGAUUGGUCGUGCCAAGGUGGUUAAGCAGAGCGCAAGCGACUCGGUUCUUCUUAUCGGUGCCGGCAUCACGCUGUACGAAGCCCUGGACGCGGCUAAGGACCUGGAGAAGAGUGGAAUCCACUGUCGUGUGAUGGAUCCGUUCACGGUUAAACCGCUGGACAAAGAGGCCAUCAUAAAACACGGUAGCCAGUGCGGUGGACGCGUCGUGGUUGUCGAAGAUCAUUAUAAGCAAGGCGGCUUGGGUGAGGCAGUUCUGUCGGCGCUUGCAGAGCAGAGAAACUUCGUGGUGAAGCAUCUGGCCGUCGAUAAACUUCCACGGUCCGGCCCUCCGACCGUGCUGGUUGAUAUGUUUGGCAUUUCGGCACGCUCUGUUGUGGCCGCCGUGCAAGAAAUCAUCAAGAUGUAAACCCCGUGUCUGGCUCUCGUACUACACAUUCGAACGCGGCCAGUGCGCUCGAUUAAAGCCACAUUUUGUGGAGGAAUGUAGUUCAUUUCUGGUUUCUUCAAGACACCUUUUCUGUGUACUCAUUUGUCGUUCUAAACGCAUACCGUUUAUAUUUUCAAUGACACAAUUUGAUUUUUCCUUUCUUACAUUACUUAAUUUUGUGCUAAUUUUGCUACUUGGAAGUGGGUGCUUGGGUACACAAUAUUUCAACCGUAACAUAGUUACAGCGUUCAAUACGCACUCCCACUUAACCUUCGAAUGUCAUACAUGGUGAAGUGCACGCUAAAACCACACGCUGGGAUUUCGAAACGAUGGAACGUUGGUUUGUUGGCGAUUGAAGUGUUUGCGCGUACAUUUUUUUCAAUAAAGUUAAAGUUACGACUCAAUAAGAGCUGUUCCGAAAUGAUCA